AUGCCGAAGGUGACCGCGGCAAAGCGGCGCCUGCGAGGCCUGCGCCAGCCUCCGAGCACGGCUGCUGCCAGCACCCGAUUUCCAUAUAGCAGCUAUGGAGGGCUCACUGUGCCACGAACAACAAAGUUUACAAGUGCCUUGGAUAUUCCCGUGGAGUUUGUCGAGAAGAAUGUGAAACUGCGGGGAAAAAUACGGCACGUAACUGAGACGGGCCUCGAGGUGGAGCACGUUCCCAUCAGCGUUCCCUUCCUUGCAGCACUGCAGAGAAAAUGGCAGUCGAACAGUCUCUUGCUGGUAAGACUUGCCGGAGUGGAGUUGACUCCGGGUGCCGUGGUCUGGUUGCAGGAAGAGCUGAAACCCUCACAAAUGAUAUGGUUCCAGCUUCUUGGAAGGCAGGACUUGGCGCUCGAGUGCCUCGUUUUAGUAAAUAAGGGUCGAUUUCUCAGCACGUGCUUAAAUGAAGAGAUCUUGAGACAAGGGCUUGGCAGGACGGCCCGAAUUGAAGGACUGCGACAUGAUUCUCGCCUCUACUGGAAGCUUCACAAGAGACUGCUCCGAGCAGAGCUAAAGGCUGCCAAGAAGAACAAAGGGAUAUGGAAAGAGGAAAGCGCUGCUGGAAAAAUGAGGGAUCGAGUGAGCAACAGUAAACUCGUGCAGGCGCUGAAACAAUUUGCAAACUGGUUAAGAAGCUAUAUUUAAAAGUAAAAUGGGCAACUUGUUUGGAGAUUGCAAUUAUCUGUGAUGUGUGCUUUGUGUAAGGUGUAAGUUCAUUUAAAAAUAUUGGGAGUUCUGUCUUAAAAGCCUUGAAGUCACCUUGAGGUUGAGAAGCAUUCAGUAUUACGCAUUAAAAUGUUCUGAAGCUCAGUUUUUCCACAGCAAUUUCCUAAAUUAGUCCAAUUACCAUUUCUGAGUAUAAUUAUAAUUUAUGUUUUAAAAAACUUUCAUCUGAAAUGAGUUGCACUGCUGCCAGUAAAGGUAAUUUGUUGCAGUUAAUCUUAGAAAUCUGGAUUGCUCAAAGCAACAAACUUCUUGAAAAAAUAUACUUGAAGUAUAUUAAAGAAUAGAAAUUAAUGUUCUACAGAUUGGAUUUAUUGACAUAAGAUUAACUUUCAGAGUUGCAGAACUUCAUAUCUAUGCUGGUUUAUUUUCUCAUAGUUUUUUAAGCAUAUAAAAUCAGAAUGAAAUAAAACUUUAGGAUAAAGUUUGAAGAAGUGGACCAUACUGUGCUAAGACGUUAAAUCCUCAUUAUUAUUUUUGAAAUGUCAAGCAUGUAAGUUUAU